UGAGGUUAUAAACUUUGUUUUCAUACAUUAAUUCCAAAGACUUUUUAAAUAAAGUUAAUAUAAAAUAAGUCAUAAUGGUUUGUGAAAAGUGUGAGAAGAAAUUAGGUAAAGUAAUAACUCCAGAUCCGUGGAAAACUGGCGCAAGAAAUACCGUGGAAUCUGGUGGAAGAAAAGUUGGAGAGAAUAAAGCUCUUUCUGCGAAAAAAGCCCGCUUCAAUCCUUACACAGCCAAAUUUGAUGAAUGCAAAAUAUGCCGUAUGAAAGUUCAUCAAGUGGGUUCACAUUAUUGUCAAGCUUGUGCCUACAAGAAAGGAAUAUGUGCUAUGUGCGGCAAGAAAAUAUUAAACACUAAGAAUUAUAGACAAAGUUCUACUUAG